AUGUGCUGUAGUUCGGGCGAAGAGAAUGAAUUUCUGAAGGAAAAGUUAAGCCGUGAAUCAGCGUUAGAGCUUGCCAAAUUGUUAGUAAAAAAAGAUACUUCACGGGAGGUCACUAGUUCUGGAAUUGACACGAGUAAACUAACUCUGCACAAAUAUGGAAGUACUUCUAAUGAAUCUAAUCCCUUGCAGCAACAAGUUCCAGUCGGAGAAAUUACACCAUUGUUUCUAGCAACUAAGUCAGGGUGCACAGAGAUCGUUAAAGAAAUACUUAAAAUAUUCCCUCAGGCAGUUGAGCACAUAGAUAAUGAAGGGCGGACCAUAUUGCAUGUAGCUAUCAAUUAUCGCCAGUUGGAGGUUUUCGAUCUUGUGUUGAAAAUGGAAGUAGCAAUGAGGUGGCUGGUACGAAGACUUGACAACGCCGAGAACUCGAUUCUGCAUAUGGUUGGAAUAAAAAGACACGAUUAUGUACCUGAAAAAAUGAGAGGCCCUGCACUUGAAUUGGAAGAGGAGCUGCUCUGGUUUGAGGUACAAAUUUUAGUAACUCUACUCUCAUUUGUUACUCAAGCAAUAUCGGUUACUUGCUGCUCUGGUUUGAGGUGCAAAUAUUUAAUCGUGUGCAUGCUGUCACCUAUUUAA